ACCGAUCCCUGCUCAGGCCCCGUAACCGUUUCUUCAGGCUGGUGCCACUAAUUACGGGAUUGGCUCUGCCCUGGGGUUACAGGGGACGCGACGCCUGUGGGGUGAUCGGUUGGGUGCUGUGGGUUGGUGGUGCUGGUGGACCGAAGCCCCGCCGACAAGGUUUUUGGGCAGUAGCAUCAGGCGCAUUACUGCAACUUACAGUUGCUAUUAACCCGUGUGAAGAAGACAAGCCAUGCUUUUAAUAGUCUGUCGUCCCUGCACCACCACCGCCACCUCUUCUACUACAACUACAACUGUACAGCCAGCACAGUCAACGGACUUGAACUAAAACUACAGCACACAAGUCCAAGAUGGCAACCAAACCAGCAACCACGCAAAAGGAGCCUGUCAUUGUCGUCGGCGGUGGCCUGGCGGGCCUCGUGGCAGCCUACGAGCUCAGUCAACGCAAUGUACCCGUCAUCAUUGUCGACCAGGAAAAUGAAGGCAGUCUUGGUGGCCAGGCCUUUUGGUCGCUUGGUGGCAUCUUCAUGGUCAAUUCGUCCUACCAGCGCUUCUGCGGCGUCAAGGAUAAUCGCGAGCUAGCCCACCGGGAUUGGACCAACUCGGCCGGCUUUGAUCGUGAAGACGACUUUUGGCCACGACAAUGGGCCAAGGCAUUUGUGGACUUUGCGACAGACGAGAUGGAAUCGUAUGUCAAGGGCCUCGGUAUGGGCUUCAUGUUUAACGUGGGAUGGGCGGAGCGCGGCGCCGGUUCGUCGGACGGCCACGGCAACUCGGUGCCCCGAUUCCAUCUCACCUGGGGCACGGGCCCGGAGGUGGUGCGCGUGUUUGCAGAGCCGGUCAAGAAGGCCGCGGAAAAGGGUUUGAUUCAGUUCAAGUUCCGUCAUCAGGUCGACGAGCUGAUUAUCGACGAGGCCACUGGCCGUGCUGUUGGUAUCAAGGGAAGCAUUCUGGAGGCAGACGACGCAGCACGAGGCGUCAAGACAUCUCGAACCGUCAUUGAUAAAUUUGAGCUGCGCGGUUCAUCGGUUCUAAUUUCUUCGGGAGGCAUUGGCGGAAACGUGGACCUUGUCAAGAAGUCAUGGCCCAAGGAACGCUUCAGCGGCCAUGUCCCAGAACACUUUGUGGUGGGUGUACCUGCACACGUCGACGGCCGCAUGGUGGGCAUCUCGGAGACUGCUGGUGCCAACAUUAUCAACCGUGACCGCAUGUGGCACUACACUGAAGGACUGAAGAACUGGAAUCCCAUCUGGCCAAACCACGGCAUACGCAUCCUACCUGCGCCGUCGUCGCUCUGGCUGGAUGCCAAGGGCAAACGCCUCCCGGCCUUCCUAUAUCCAGGCUCCGACACGCUUGCGACUCUAAAGUACAUUUGCAGCACAGGCUACGACUAUACAUGGUUCAUUCUCGAUGAAAGCAUCAUUGCUCGCGAGUUUGCGCUUUCGGGAUCGGAGCAGAACCCAGACAUUACAGGCAAGAGUGUCUGGAAGCUGCUGACACAGCGCAUCUUUAGCAAGAAGGGUACGGUGCCCGUCCAAAACUUCCAAAAGCACGGUCAGGAUUUUGUCGUGCGUGAUACACUGGAAGAGCUGGUCGAGGGCAUGAACGAGCUAGCCAAGGAGCAAAACGGACCAACCCUGACUGUGGAAGAGGUCAAGGCCGUGAUUGAGUCCCGCGAUAGCCAGUUUGACAAUGUAUACACCAAGGACGCGCAGGCGAUGCUCAUCAACAAUGCCCGCUCAUACUGGCCGGACAAGCUGUCCCGCGUGGCAGCACCGCACAAGAUCCUCGGCAACAAGCCCUUGAUUGCUGUGCGUUUGAACCUGGUGACGCGCAAGACGCUCGGUGGUAUCGAGACGAACCUCCAAAGCAACGUGAUGCGCGCCGACAAGACGCCGUUCCCUGGCCUCUAUGCGGCCGGCGAAGUGGCUGGCUUUGGCGGCGGCGGUGUUCACGGGUACAAUGCGCUUGAAGGAACAUUCUUAGGCGGUUGCAUCUUUUCCGGCCGCGCGGCUGGGCGAGCGAUGGCGGAGGAGUACUUGGCCAACUAGACAAGGUCCGACCGAGGAAGAAGAUGGUUGAUAUGGGAUGGGGGAGUGAGUUGCUGUUCUGUUUUAAAUUGUAUGUAAUUUUUUCACUAUUGAGCGAGUUUUGCCACUGUUACACAAGAUCAAUAGCGAAUCAUUUUCAUUCUCCAUCGCACCUGUGUCUGCGUCUUCUCACAUGGCACCCUCCGUCUCCCAGUAAACACCGACUGGUGCCUUCUAAGCGGCAUCGGCUAUCGAAGGCGGACCCUACAAUCGCGAGUCGGUUUCCUCUUUUGCGCCGCGCCGGCGGUGUUCGGGCCAAAGAAGCAAAGGAAAAAAAGCUCGUGGUGGUGGCUGUGGGCCCGGUGUGUUCCUGGCGCAUCCCCAA